GACAUUUGUCAAACUUUUAUAAUCGAUCGAGUGUUAUUAUUUCAUUACUCAUCAUUUAUUUAGAUUAAAACAAAGGAAACCAUGCAUGAGUGUACGACGUAAUUCAAUGAACAACGCACUACGAGAUAAUACAAUGAUAUUCAUCAUAUAAAUCCCUUUCAAUUCCAUCGUUUAUUAUAAUGUGGUGAAGAUUAUAACAAUAGUUUAUUAUUGGAAAUUACGUGUGCACACACCAUGGCCGCAGCCCUCGCAAACGAUUCCCCCAGAUAUCGCAACAGCUUAAUCUGUUGCAGCCCCAGAAGUGUAGAUGUUACGUCUAGAUCGUCAUCAUCGACCUCCGGAUGUGUCUCCGCUGACGAAAGCUGUGACUCGAACUACAUUCCCAAAUCAAUAGCAAAUAAGAAACUAAAAAUCCACAGCUCAGCAACUAAGGAAGAAGUGGAAAAAGCAAUAAACCAAUGCAAGGAAUUAGUUUUAAAUAGCCCUCAGUGUUCUGAUGAGCGUAAAUGGUUAGUGCGUUAUUUAGUUGAACUACGUUUAAGAUUAGAAGAUCUCAAAGACAACGAUGGCCAAUUGAGGCCAAGAGUUGCCAUAAAAGGCCACCACUUUGAACAACAAAUUAAUACGAGCAACAGAAAGCAAUACUGUGAUCACUGCAGCGGAGUCAUAUGGAGUAUUGUACAAAGUUCAUAUAUAUGUACUGACUGUGGGUAUGUUUGUCACUAUAAGUGUGUAGAUGACAUAUGCAGAGUGUGCGCGCAUGUUGUAAUGACUGAAAGAGGACAAUUUGAAAUGAGCAUAUGUCCCGAAAAAGGUUUAGCAUUGCAGGACUACAAAUGUGCGGAAUGUAGCACUGCCCUAACAUUCAAAGACACUUGGAACGAGCCGCGCCUAUGCGAUUACACUGGAAUGUAUUUCUGUGCAACAUGCCAUUGGAAUGAUUUAUCUGCGAUUCCUGCUAGAGUUGUACAUAAUUGGGAUUGGGAUAAGCGAUACAUAUCACGACUGGCAUACCAAAUGCUGAACUUAUCCUGGUCCCGACCUUACAUUGAUGUUGAAAAUAUCAACUCUAGACUAUUCAACUUCAUAGCUGAAUUGGAAUGGGUCCAUAAAAUGCGUAAGGAUCUUGAGUGGAUGAGAAGAUACUUAUGUGCAUGUGCCGAGGGAUCCACUCUCUUGUCUCCAUUAUUUGUACAACUCGGCGACGUAAAUAAGAAGUACAGCAUGGCUCAUUUACAAGCAAUAAAUGAUGGUAGUCUUGAAACUCAGUUAACAGAACUCACUGAAAUUUGCCGAGCUCAUAUAACAAACUGUCCGUUAUGCUCAGGAAAGGGAUACCUUUGUGAAGUCUGUGGCAAUAAUGAAAUCUUAUAUCCAUUUGACAGUGGAGCGAUAUUAUGUGAUAAAUGUAACUCCAUGUUUCAUAGAAGCUGUUGGUUAAGGAAAGGACAAGCUUGCUUAAAAUGUGUGCGCUUGGACAACAGAAAAAAAGACACAGUGCAGUCACCCGACGAAGUUGACAUAAAUUUGGAAUAUGACAUUGACAAAUUUGUUGAGUAGAUUAUGAUUUGUUUGUUUAUGAUUUUGUAUAUUUUCAUAAUAAAUAUUUCUAACAAAUAGUUUACAUUGUAAAUAAAUACUUUAAUUGAUUAUGUACCAACUUUGUUGGCAAUAAUAUGUUUAUAAGUUUAAUUUAGCUUUACAAUUUGUAUGAAUUAACCUUUGAUGAUUAUGAGAAAUGUCAAUCUUUGAAAAAAAAAUGCCUUGGUGCUGUUCAAUAAUUAAAAAAAAAUAAGCUUUAAUGCAAGUGCUAGUAAAAUUGCUCCAAUAUUAUAUAUAAAAUAAUGUUGUGUUAAUUUGGCUGGGUUAAAAAUAAAGUUGAAUAUUUGAUUA